CGGGAGAGUACCAGUCUCUUGUCUUUGUGUGUGUGGAAGCUCUUGAGAGUAGCACACCUAGUCGUUUCCCCCUCCUCCCUCCUCUCAACCCCCCUUCCCCCCCGUCACGCCUCGAGGUGGGCGCAUGGCGACCGUGAUCAAUGCCACGACCUGUGUCCUGCCGACGGCUGCCGACGAGUCUGGUGGACUGCCCAUCUACAUCUCGCUGCUGCCGAUCCUGUUUCUGAUUGUACUCUCGGGGCUGUUUUCGGGGCUGACGCUCGGACUGAUGGGCCUCGACAAGGUCGGGCUGGAAGUUGUGAUGGCGUCCGGGACGCCCGAGGAGAAGCGGUAUGCGCAGAAGAUCUACCCUGUCCGGGUCAAGGGCAACUUUUUGUUGUGUACGCUGCUGCUGGGCAACGUGGCUGUCAACGCGCUGCUCUCGAUUCUGCUCGCUGACCUGACGUCGGGCGUGGUGGGCUUCCUCCUGUCGACGGUGCUUAUUGUGAUCUUUGGCGAGAUCAUGCCGCAGGCCGGGUGCUCGCGACACGGACUGAUGGUGGGCGCGUACACGGUGUGGAUCGUCAAGGUGUUCAUGUUCCUCAUGGCGCCGCUGGCCUGGCCGAUCUCCAAGGUUUUGGACCGUGUGCUCGGCCACGAGGUGGGCACCAUCUACACCAAGACGCAGCUGAAGCAGCUGAUGCUGAUCCAUGCACGCGAGCGCGACUCAGACCUCACAUCGGCAGACCACAAGCUGCUCUCGGGCGUCCUCGACUUUUCGCGCAAGUCGAUCCGGCACGUCAUGACCCCGAUCGCCAAGGCGUUCUCCAUCUCGGCCGACGCCCUGUUCGACUACGAGACGCUCGAGGCCAUCAUGGAGUCGGGCUACUCGCGGAUCCCGGUCCAUGAUGGGCCGGACCGCAACAUCGACUACCUUCUGGUGGUCAAGCACCUCGCGCUGCUCUCGCCCGAGGACCGGACCCCGAUCCGGACCAUUCUGCAGUUCUAUGGCAAGCCUGUCCAGCGCAUGUUUGACGACACCACGCUUGACAAGGCGCUCAAUCAGUUCAAGCGCGCCGGGCACUCGAACUUGGCACUCGUCCAGCGAGUCAACAACGACGGCCCUGGCGACCCGUUCUACGAGACGGUCGGCAUUGUCACGCUCGAGGACGUCAUCGAGGAGCUGAUCAUGGACGAGAUUGUCGACGAGACUGAUGUCUACGUCGACAACAUGGGUCUGCUCCCGGUCCAGGACUCGCAGCGGCCCAACUUUGCUGCCAUGCUCCGCCGCAAGCGGGCGGCGACCCAGCACCUAACCCCGCAGCAGCUCGAUGGCCUGUACGCGUACCUGCUCUCCAUGGUCGAGCCGUUUGGCGCCGACCACAUCGAGCCGUCGAUCCUCCGCAAGCUCUGCUCGCAGGGCACCGUCUCGACCAUCGACGGGCCGACCGAGGGCUCCACCGUCGCCGACCGCAAGGCGGUCUACCUCCGCGGCGAGCCGUCGACGCGCUUCACCCUCGUACUGCAGGGCAAGCUCGAGGUCCACGCCGGCGCCGAGGGCUUCCUCUCCUUUGCUGGCCCCUACUCGGUCCUCGGCAUCGAGCUCCUCACCGCCGACGACCCCGAGGGCUCGGACGAGGACGACGCUGACAGUGCGCUGCUGCGUGCGGGCAUGUUCGACCCCAACUUUACCGCCUAUCCCUCGACCAACACCGUCCAGAUUUGGCAGAUCACCCGCGAGCAGUACCGGCGGGCGGUCGAAGCGACACGGAUGCACGGCUCGAGCGGCGGCGACGGUGGCGGCGGCACCGCGGCCGCUGCCAUCAGCGCCCCGCUUGGUGGGCACUCGUCGUCGUCGGACCUCUGCUCCGAUGACAUGCACGCCGAACUCGAGCGUGACGAGAAUGCACCGUCGGCCGUCCGCUCGCCCAUCAACUCGGACGACGUCGGCGUCGAGCUGCUGGCCUCGACGCUGCCGCUCGACGAGUUCGCCUCGGGCGGCGUCGGCGAUCCGGAGCGCGGCGAGGUCCGCAGAGUACGGUUCUGAUGGCGCCAGCGCAAGCAACAAACACACAUGCAAUGCCUCGCACCGCCGCUGCCUACAGGGCCAUGACCACGCCGAGGUCCGAAACAAAUGCGUUGAGCGUGUCGCUCGCAAAGGCGAGGAUGUCGACCCACGUGUACUUUUUGACAAACUUGUCCCAAAUGUGCGAGAGCACCCGAGUGACGAGCUUGAGCGGGAAGGCGACGGUGAGGAGAAAGGCGAAUUGGUUCGGCCCGGCAAAGCCGAUCCACCCGUCGGUUGCCGCUGACGAAGCCGCAUCGGCGGCGUUGGCGGCGUCGGCGGCGUUGGCGGUGUCGGAAGCCUUGGUGACGGCGGUGAUAUUGGGCGGCAGCGUCCGAUUGCCGAUAAAGACGCGGAGGGAAA